AUUCUGUCUGCGCUAAUCCUUCGCGAGGAUCCCAUCGUGGUAGUCGUCGUCGGGCUUUGUCGAACUCGGUCGAACGGAAAAAAUUCGAGCUACUUUGAUUGGAUAGGGUUGAAAAGUGUGCUUCUGAAAGUGGUGAAAUUUGGCAUUUUAGUGCAUGUUCUGGAUAAAACCACCGAAGCGAAUAAGGGCAGAAAGUGCACGAAAUAGGAAACACAAGGAAAGUUCUGCCCUUUGCCGAAUUCACUGCUGGGCUGCUCGGGUUCGGCUCUCGGCGCUCCGACAUUGCUCCUCGCGUAUACAUAGAAAUAUUGAUUUUUCAAGUAAGGUGGAGAAUUCAAGGCAUUGAAUUCGUCUGUUUCUGAUGGUUUUAAAGUGGAAAACAAGCUGAAACAUGAUUUAUUUUCUGCACGAGGCUGUAAACUCCAGGCUCCCGGUGUGAUUGGUCAUGAAGAAAAAAGUGGCAUUGUGAUAUCUCGUCAGUUUUGAUACCUUUCUUUACCCAGGAAGUACUAAUUGUACUGAUUGUGUGUGGUUUCUUAAUCAUCGUAAAAAAGUGGUGUCUCUUAUUGGUGGUUUUGUGCAAAAAAAAAAUCCUUCAUCGAAGCUUCGCCUAAAUAUUAUUAAAAGGCCGUCGCCAGAUCUCCAAACCUCGUCCAAAAAUGAGCAGAGAAGUGCAGAAGGAAAACAGCACCCCAUCAACCGAGGCCCAUCAGUACGUGGGGCCUUACCGUCUAGAGCGAACACUGGGGAAAGGUCAAACCGGCCUUGUGAAACUGGGAGUGCAUUGUGUCACCGCGAAAAAGGUGGCAAUUAAAAUUAUCAAUCGAGAAAAGCUUAGUGAAUCAGUGCUGAUGAAAGUGGAAAGGGAAAUAGCUAUAAUGAAACUAAUUGACCACCCACACGUCCUUGGCCUGACGGAUGUUUAUGAAAAUCGGAAAUAUUUAUAUCUGGUGCUGGAGCACGUUUCCGGUGGGGAGCUGUUCGACUAUCUGGUGAAAAAAGGGCGUCUCACCCCAAAGGAGGCUCGCAAGUUUUUUCGGCAAAUCAUCUCCGCGCUGGAUUUCUGUCAUUCGCAUUCAAUUUGCCAUCGCGAUCUGAAACCGGAGAACCUGCUGCUGGACGACAAGAACAAUAUUAAAAUUGCGGACUUUGGGAUGGCCUCGCUGCAGCCGGCCGGAUCGAUGCUGGAAACAUCCUGUGGCUCACCGCACUAUGCCUGCCCGGAAGUGAUUCGGGGCGAGAAAUAUGACGGUCGGCGGGCGGAUGUGUGGUCCUGUGGGGUAAUUCUGUACGCGUUGCUGGUCGGGGCGUUACCCUUCGACGACGACAACCUGCGGCAGCUGCUCGAGAAGGUGAAACGGGGCGUGUUUCAUAUCCCGCACUUUGUGCCACCGGACUGCCAGAGCCUGCUCAAGGGUAUGAUCGAGGUGAAUCCGGAUAAGCGGCUUUCGCUGUCAGAAAUCAAUAAACACCCCUGGGUAACCGCUGGCGGUAAAGGGGAACUGGAACUUGAGCUGCCCAUGAUGGAGGUCGUCCAAACGCACGUGAUUCCGAACGCUACCGCUGUUGAUACGGACGUCCUGAAUGCAAUAUGUUCACUAGGUUGUUUCAAGGAAAAAGAAAAACUGAUACAGGAACUUCUUAGUCCAAAUCACAACACGGAGAAGGUUAUCUAUUUCCUACUACUGGAUCGGAAACGACGACGACCCGCGGUAGAAGACGAUGAAGAUGUGCUCAGACCUCGGAACGAUAUUAUCGAAAUAGCAGAUCCUCCGAGGAAACGGCUCGACACCAUCCGGAUCAACGGUAGUAGUAGUCUUUCGUAUGGCCAGAUUAGUGAAGGUUCUCCGCUGACUUCGCGAAGGCAAACGUUCAACAAUGGCCGCAGCCACAGUAGCACCAGACGCUCACCAUCAUCCGUUCCGCUGUCACGGAGCUCAUAUCAAAGUCCGACCCGUGGUGUGCCCAUCAACUCGAGUCAACCACUUUCUCAACUACAUCCUCCAUCCUCGCCCAAUUCCGUAGUGAAUAGACAUGCCAACUAUGCCAGCCGAGAUCGCAAGUCACAGCUAAUCGAUCCUUCUUCGCCGGUUCACCAUCGGGCUAACUCAGGACCGGCUAUCACCGUAGGGCUUUUCUCGGAAACUGAUUCCAACAACAUGACAUCCUCUAUCAACGCUAUCCCUGGAUCUCCGAUCCUCGGUGGUCCACAGCUGGCGGGCGUCACGACCGGUAGUCAACUAUGGAAAACAAGGCUGACAAAUAUCAAAAACAGUUUUCUAGGCAGUCCUAAAUUCCAUCGAAGGAAAUUGCAAAUUUCAACCGAAGAAGUGCACCUUACUCCGGAAUCGUCGCCUGAGUUGACGAAAAAGUCUUGGUUCGGAAAUCUAAUGACGACGGAAAAGGACGAAACCUUCACCGUAUUGGUCAAGGGAAAGCCUCUAGCGACGGUGAAAGCUCAUCUCAUUCACGCUUUUUUGUCGAUGACCGAACUGUCGCACAGCGUCCUCUCGCCGAUGUCGUUCCGGGUGGAAUAUAAACGGAACGGAACAGGUCCGACGAUGUUCCAGCGGCACGUUCGGAUACAGGUUGACAUCAACACGAUCUGCAAGCAGGGCGAUGUGAACGAUAUGCUGUUCGCCAUCACGUUCACGCUGAUAUCCGGUAAUAUUCGACGCUUCCGGCGCAUCUGUGAGCACAUUCAGGCGCAGGUUUGCUCGAAACGCUACCCGGCCCUAACGAGUCCGACGAAUCAACUCAACAACAAGGUUUCCACGACAUCCGUUGCCGAGAGCAUAUCGUGCGGGUCGGAUUCGAGUGAUCGGGUUAACUACAAUAAGCACCAAGAAUCGGACAUUGAACCAGAGACGUUCUACGACAACAGCAGUCUCGGCAAGGCACGCCGAUCUUCAGCAACGUCAUCCAACAAGAAUUCUGUUUCGUCUGAUGAGAUUGAGAUUAAAACCGUACGAUCAAGCUCGGAAUCGACCGAACGGGAACGCGAACGCAGCACCGAACGAACGGCGGCAAUGUCCGGUAGUGCGUUAGUAUGAGAGUUAUUUCUCUGAUAGGAUUUACCGAACACCAUUCCCGUCGACGGUGACGAUUCGGUCGAGUCCCAGUCCAGAAGAGUGCUUCACCAGCAACAAUCAACCCCCUCGUCACCGUCGAUGGUGGCGGCAGGUACAGGACCUACUGGCUACGCUGAUACACUAUCCGUAUCUGCUGCUGGCGAUGAUCCUGCUGCUCCUACCAGCGAUUUCACGCGCUAUGACGACCCUGAAGCUUCGAGUGCGGAAACAGUCAAUCAGAUUCCGAAACACUAAUCGACUGAAACGAGCAAACUAGUCGAACGAGGAUAGGGGUCUAAUGGUGUAGUUUUUUGUGUGUGAUUGUAAUCGGGCAGAUAUAAAUAAUGCUUGAUUCAUGACUGGUACAUUAUCAGAACUUAUCAGCUACAAAAAUGUCACGAAAUCAUGCUUCAAUCAUUUAUAUAUGUCCAUUACUACAUCUCAUCGGAGUGAAGGCUCAAAAUCAUACGGUUCCAUCAAUGACGUAGUAUCACUUUUUAAAGUAAGCAACAGCUUUUUUCAAACGGAACUCGGACGCUGCGUCAGUGAUGCAGCCUUCUGUUUGAGCCUUUAACCCGUAACAUAUGAUGGAAUAAUUCCCCUCCAAUCAAAGCAACCACAUCUAAAAGGAAUUGAUGCACUCGACUAGCCUAAUAACUACAGUCAUCAAUCUAGUCAACCUUGUCGUGGUAUUAAAUGCCUAAGAUACUCUAUCGGAAAACGGCGGAUAAACAAACAAAACCAAACAGCAGGACUUUAAGUCAAUUUGGCUUGGCGUAGACGUAAACUAAUGAUCACUUUUAUAACUCCAUGUUUGGCCGAUUCCAAAAUAUGCUGAAUUUAUUUGCCAGAACUUAGAGCCAUAAACAACAACAUUUUUGGGCGCUGGAUCAAAACUAGCCAGUAGAAUAAAAUGACAAGAACCUAGAGUAACAAGGGCUAGAAGGGUUAGUGUGACAGAACGAAAAAAAAAAUGAUAAGUCGUCGAAGAGUUCGUCACCUGAAGGUAAACAAAUAAAUACACACUAGCCAAAUUCACUGCAGAAUCAAGUAAGACACGUAAAAGCAUUCAGUUACUACUAGUUGCAGUUGGGAGGAACAGUAGGCUUCGAAAAAAUGCAAGCUACGCACAUUCAAAAAGAGUGAAAUCCCAACGGAAAGACAGAAAAUAUUUAGUUAACAUUUAUAUUUACUGUAGCCAGCUCGCCGUACUAGAGGCAGUGAUGCACACGGUGCUCACGAACAUAACACAUACGCUAACGGGAUUCUAAACGAAGUUUUCUCGCUGACAUAAAUUCAAAGCGAGAUAACACAAAUAUAUUUUACCAAACAGUCCUAUAUUCGAAGAAUCAACUAAACAUCUCAGAUUAUCAUAAAAGCUAAACACUUUUGCAGCAUACUGAUUGUUCAUUACUACUUUCGUUGAUAUAAAUAAUCGUCUAAGAAUCGUCAAAUCAAUGCAAGAUUAUUGCAUUGAUAUAACAGUGGGGUUGCUUUUUCUUUUCUUAAGUAUAUUCAAUCUGGAAAUGUUUAAAUACUGAUUGGUUUGACUGCUUACGUGCAUUGAAAUAAGGUUUAAAAUUGGGGAAUGGGAAGGAAAUCAAACAACUAAACGCUUAUUAGUUUUUACGCUAAAUAAAUACAGAAGCAAGAUUGAUUAUGUCGGCUUACCUAGAUUAACUAAACAACUAAACCAAAGCGGAGAAAAAUGAGACUCUGUGAACGGAAGAGUUACGAAACAAAAUCACACAACCAAUAUUAAUCAAAUACCGCUUAGUUAGUAUAUCUUUCUAACACAUUCGAUGCAAAAUCCGCCACACGCAGUUAGAAAACUAAAAAAAAAGAUAACAUUCACUAAUGCAGCGAAACAUACAACUCGUAAAAAGAAACAAAUUUAAGACAGUGUUUACUCACUCUUGAUUGAUUGUAAACCAUCGUUUAACCGCAAAAAACCCUUCAGAGCAAAAAAAACAAUGCUACAUAAACUACUUAUCUAAGUAUCUAAACAAAACAAAAACAAGGAAACACAUAGUGGAAGCUAUACAUAACUCUUACACCCAAAUAAUGCAUUCGAAGACUACGAAUAAGUUAUUUUUGAAAGCAAAAAGACAAAGAGAAGUGAACAAAAUGAGAUCAGAUGCCGCAAUGUUGACCGUGCUCGAAUCCAAUAUGGCCGCUGCCAUAGUAGGCGACGAUGAUGAUUAUGAUGAUGAUGAUGUUGAUGACGAUAAUGCGAAUUAGUGAAACAGCACUGUAAAAAGAGCAAGUUGAAAGCAAAGGACAAUGUAGAAUUUGAGUUUAGGAAGCAACAACAACAAAAAACGCAAAGCAUAUAUAGGAAGCAGGGAUGAGUAUGAAUACAAAUUAUGGCAAUGUGUAGCAGCGAGUUGGAAAAAAUUCGCUCAUGAAUGGUAUGUAACUAUUGGGAGGAUUUUCCUCAGUGUAGCAAAGCGUUUGAAAGUUGACAAAACAAGCAAGCAAGUAUAACAGCAACAACCAAAACGACACUGUAAAAAUCAAUACCAUGUUUUGUAAAGAUAAGUAUUAUUGUUCUCUAUGACAAAAAAGACAGAAAAAAUAUACAUUUGACAUACACGCGCUAUGAUAAAAAAAUAACAGUAAAACGAAAC